AUGCAAAAACCACCCCCUGGUUCUGUGGGCCCUUCUAUUAUCAAAGAUGACUGGGGGUAUCUUCUGACGACGUGGAUCAACCACUUCUACACUCGGGACCGUGUGCAUUUCAUACUUCGAUAUUCUCAGUUGAGUCCGGAACAUUUGCAGCAGGCUUUGAAAGAUUACGUUGAAAUUAAACAAAUUUUGAAAAAAACGCCGAAUUCCCCACUUUUCAAAAACAACGCGCCACAAAUUUCAAAAAUAAUUAUCGACAUCGAAGAAAUCGAAAGCGCUAGGACCAUUGCGACAGAUCCAAAAUCAACCAAAGGUGAUUGGGAUCGGCUUUUCGGACACUGGAUUUUUCUCAAUUUUUCUCGUGUCCAGAUAAAAGACCAUCUUCUCAUCAUUAUGCCAGAAGAGGACAAUCCAAAUGUCAUGAAGGCAUACUACGAUUUGUUUGUAUAG